AUGAUCUUCAAUACCGCUUCCAUCAUUGCUGCCGCUCUGGCCAUGUCUUCUACUGCCGUUUCUGCACCGACCAACCAGACGAACCCCAGCGCUGAACUUGACAAGACCACUCGCCUCCGCAUGGCCAAUAGCAUGGCUGAGCGCUACGGCAUACUGGCUGAUGACAAGGACUUUGUCUACAACCUUGGCCAGAACGAUUUUCAAUCCAUCGCGAACCGCCAGACGUUUCCUGCCAUGGUCGGCACCGGUACCAGCAUCGCGGCCGCCAGGUUUCCCGGCUGCUCCAUCAGCAAGCUGCACAUCCACCCGCGCGCCGCCGAGAUGCUCGUCCUGCUCUCCGGGCGCCUCGUCACCGAGACGAUCCCGGAGCUCGGCGCCGUCGUCGACGUCAACGGGACGAAGCAGCAGCGCGUCAUCCGCAACGAGCUGGCGCCCGACACGCUGACCGUCUUUGACCAGGGCGCGCUGCACACGCAGAUCAACCCGGACUGCGACGACGCCACGGCGCUGACCGUCUUCUCCGCCGAGGACGGCGGCUUCGGCUUCGUCGCGGACCAGGCGUUUGCGCUGCCAGACGACGUGAUUGCUACGCAGCUCGGCGAUGCCAUCUCCGGCGCGGACAUUGAUCGUAUCCGCAAGGCGCUGCCUGUGGGUGUGGCGGCGCAGAUUGAUGCUUGCGUGAAGAAGUGCAAAAUUCCCAAGCACAGCUUGUAA